UGACUGAUGUUAUUUAGAUGGACGUUUGGUUGUUUUUUUAAUAAAUCUAUGCAAGAAUACUCAACACUUUGUACUCAUUCCUUUUUCUUUUUUUUUGUACAAUAUAAUUUUACCAUUACGUUAAUAAUUAUAAAAUCAUAAAUUGUACGUUACCUCAGCCUAUGGAAUAACUUCUUACUUUCACGAAAAAUCUGUUUCCUUUUUUUUCGAAGAAGAAUAUAAAACAACCUUUAAGAACAAAAUGCCGAAUUUUCAUCACUGAUACAUAUAAAAUACAUAACAAUUAAUUAACAACAGUUUGACAGCUCAAUCAAUAAAAGUAAACCUAUAAUUAAUCCGGAGUAUAAAAAGAUUUCUCUAUCAAAUGCAACCACAAUGUUAAAGUCAUUUUAUGGUUGUUGCCCUUUAAGAAACGGUGUCGGCAUAAUAGCCAUUUUUAAUUUUAUAUGGAACGCAUAUUCAAUUAUCUACCGUUCCUUCCAAUACAUUAUCAUCAUUACAUCUUACAAUAAUAGAGAUUUUGAAACUUUUUAUAAUGACACAGAGACGAUUGACAACGACCCCGUAGAAACCUCGACUGAAAAAUCUGACAUUUGGGCGAAUUCAAGUAAUUUUCAUGAUAUGCAACCGUUAGUUGAGGAUAACGAAUACGAUGCACCGAUAAUGAGUGAUAUAUUUACGGACUAUGCAUUCUUAGUCUUAAUAGGUUGGAUAUUCUUGGAGUUAGUCGUGAACGUCGACUUGAAAAAAUCGACAUUCGCGCAUGCCCCGCACAAAAUUUAUGCUUGGCUGAUGGUUUAUGGAGCAAACGCGACAUUUAUGCUAGUAAUAUUCACAGACAAUGUUUUGAGGGCCGACAGUUGGAUAACAGAAGUACCAAUAGGUUCCAUUUUGCAAACAUCGAUUAUAACUUUGGAGUUAUUGGCCGUGUAUUCGUAUUACAGGCAAGAGAUGAAAACGUCAGCUAGUAAUUUCGUACAACUUAAAUGGCAGUACAUAUCGAAGGGACGAGUGCUUUCCAAAGGUACGGAUUACGCCACUGCUUCUACGUUUGCGGCGGAAAUCUCUGAUAAGAGCCGGAAAACAAUGCCCUAUGUGAUCAACAUUCAACAAUAACUUAGGAAAUUAUAUAAUACAUUUUCAUGUUUAUCAUAAUAAUAUUUUUUUGGGUGAUGUAUAUUGAAUGUUUAUUAUUUGUAAUGAAUUUAAUAUGUUUGCUGAAAAACACAAUUUAAAUGGAUUGCUAAAAUCUAGAAUUGACAACACGUGGACACGCUAAUAAUACUGCUACUUGUAUAUAGUAAUACUGCUAAUGAGUAUCUUGAUUAAAGUUAUGGCUGGCUUUAAUGGAAAGACAAAUUUUUAUUGGUUUUUUUAUUUUUAACUUAAAAUAUACAUUAUUUAAAAAAAAAAUUUUUUUUUUAAUAUCCUUCUAAACCAUACAAAAAGGGUCGGCCAUCUAAAUCCUUUUUUACAGCUAGUUCUAUGUUAUGGAAGAUAAAAUUGGUUUUCCCUUUAUAGCAUAGUGGUUUUUAUUCUGAAAUCACCUAAAACAUAUCUACUUCAAACAAAUACUAAAGCAUUAUUAAAUGUUGCACAUUUGAUGAAGUUGCUGUAGCACAACUUAAUAAAAGCAGCCAGCAGUGGUCAAAUAUAACCAAUUAUCGGGCUACAGUAUUGAAUCCCAGUUAUUUAGGGCCGUAAACAAAUAUCUUUGAGUUUUGACCCUUUAUUUCUUCUAGCGGAGUUUCUUGUAAAAUUUUGAAAUGUAUUCUUAUGCCUAGUAAG